AUGGUGCGGCAUUCUCGUGGCCUGAAGCAGAAGCUGAGGAAGGAUGAGAAGCUCUACAACCACAUCAUUAGAUUUGGAAUUGGAUACUGGAGCACCGUGCCUAAAUUGGCAGGGAUUCUUCAACUCUUCCUUUUUUCACAGCAAGAAGAGGAUUUGAUCAUAAGCCUUCAUGAAGUUAUAGGCAACAGAAAGGGACACUACAAGAACAACUGCCUGAAUCUGAAGAAAAAGAAAGCCCUCAAGGUGACUUGGGAUAAAUCAUCCACGGAGGAAUCAGAUGGCAAUGAACCGAAGUACACCAACUACCUCGCGUUGAUGGCUUACAAACCAGAAUCGGAAAAUGACUCAAAAGACAGGUCUAAACCCGAAUUGUACCACGAGUCCACACUUGUUUCCGAAGUUAAGCCAAUUCAACCUGAAACCCCGACUCAAGUUGCAAAACUAGAGGAGGAUAAUUCCAUAUUGAAAGGCGAAAUACUUGAACUAAAAGAACAAUUACUAGAAAAAAUUUACAACUAG